AUCUAGCAACUGUCAACUGUUAAGCAUCUUAUUAAUGCAACUUUUAAUCAUAUACUUCGUGUAGGAGGUAUGUGCUUUUAAUUUUUAAAUUGGGACAUCCUAAACCCGAACCAUACAUAUCUAUAAAUUAUGAAUGCUUACCUGCCAAUAUGCCUAGAAAGUAAGAAGAAGAAGGUAACCUUAAAAUUGCUUAGUUAUUGAAAAAUCAAAACACAAGUAUUUAAUAUUCUAUAUAACAUCACUCUGAAUAAUAUAUUCAAUUUUGUGAGUCGAAUUGUAUGACUUCUUAUUUGUAAUUAUUUAAAAAUGACUCAUGAAAAUAUAGAUUGUUUGGACAGGGAAUCUACAAGCAAACAAAAAAAGCCUCCAAAACGUGGAAUUAUAUAUUUGUCAUCUAUUCCUCCAUAUAUGAAUGUUUCAAGAAUUAGAGAACAAUUUAGUCAAUUCGGCACUGUAGGAAGAGUUUAUUUACAAUUAGCAGACACAGAAUUAAAAAGUAAAGAAAAAAAAUCAAAAAAGCAUAAGUUUGCUAGGAAAUUUACUGAAGGAUGGGUUGAAUUUGAACGAAAAUCAGUUGCUAAAAAGGUUGCUGCAUUAUUAAAUAACACUCAAGUUAGUAAUAGGAAAAAAUCUAAGCACUAUGACUGCAUUUGGAAUAUUAAGUAUUUGUCAAGUUUUAAAUGGACACAUUUACAUGAGCGGCUUGCUUAUGAAAAAGCAGCUCGAAGGCAUAAAUUGAGAGCAGAAAUACAAUUGGCUAAGAAAAAGACCAAUUUCUUCUCGGCAAAUUUGAAUAAAAUAACAAAGGAUAAUACUUUUGUGAAUAAAGAAUAUGAAAAUUUGUCAAGUAAAAUGGAUGAAAAUGUGGAAGUUCAUGAUACUGAGGACACUAAAAAUCGAACGAAAUUUUUACAAUCACUUUUUUCAUAAAUGUAAAUCUAGCUUUCAUUAUAUUCUAUAAAUAAGGAUUUUUUACAAGUAUAAUAUCUAAAUAAAUGGGAAAAAAG